AUGAGUGAUAAUAAUAUGAGUAGUAGUGUGGAUAUGUUAACAUCUGGUGGAACUCCAGUAGGAUGUAGAUGGAAUCCAACAAAGGAACAAAUUGAUUUGCUUGAGAGUUUAUAUAAGCAAGGGAUAAGGACACCAAGUGCUGAGCAAAUACAACAAAUUACUGGGAGGUUAAGGGCUUUUGGUCACAUUGAGGGCAAAAAUGUCUUUUAUUGGUUUCAAAAUCAUAAAGCAAGGCAACGCCAGAAACAGAAGCAAGAUAAAUUUGCUUAUUACAAUCGAUUUCUUCAUCGGACUUCUGUUUUUCCUCCACCUAAUUGCCCAAAUGUUGUUUGCAGCCCUUAUUACACAGCACAAAACAAUCUAGGGUUUUAUCAGCAGUAUCCAGCAGUUCCUAGUAUGAUCAUCCCUGGACCAGGUGGUUUCAAAAGAAGAGCAACUUGUAAUCAAGAAACUUUGAAUCUUUGUGAACAAAACAGCAGCCCAAAUGCAAAUAAGGAGUUUAUAAAUCAAGAAACUUUGAAUCUUUUUCCACUACACCCAACUGGGGUUUUACAAGAAAAGACUACAGCUUCUUCUUCUUCGUCGUCAUCUACUUGUGUUCCUCAUGAUCACCAAUCCAGUAUUACUACUUCAAAUUCAGUGGAAGCGAACUGUUUUACUGAUCUUGGAAUUGGUGCUUCUGAUAGACCUAAUCCAGUCUUUAACUUUCUAUGUCGAAAUUAA